GAAAAAUAGCAAGAGCAAGAGCGAGAGAGAGAGAAAAGAUACGAGAUGGGGAAUGUAGAGGAGUACAAGCCGGUGAUAGCCAUGUUGGGGCUGCAACUGUGUUAUGCAGGAGUGACUCUUACCUCAGAAGCAACUUUGGUUAAUGGUCUAAGCCCACGGGUUUUUAUCUUAUAUAGGCAAGCCUUUGCAACCAUUUUCAUCUUCCCAUUUAUCCUCUUCUCAAGGGGAAGAUCGAAGAUAUCUAAUUUGGAUCGAAGAAGCUUUUCUUUAAUAUUCAUGGCCUCGCUUAUAGGCAUUACCCUGUAUCAAAAUCUGUAUUUUGAAGGUAUUUACUUAGCUUCAUCGUCAAUGGGAAGUGCCAUGUGUAACAUGAUCCCUGCAUUCACCUUCGUAGUCUCAUUUCUCGCCGGAUAUGAAAAGGUGAAUUUCCGGAAUAUCAGAGGCUUAGCGAAGAUAUUAGGGACGGUCAUAUGUGUAGUAGGAGCCGUUUCCAUGGCUCUGAUUCGUGGACCAAAGAUUCUCAACUCGGAAUUUUCUUUACCGAUAGCGAAAUCGUUACUAGGAGAUAUCAAGGACCAGAACUUAUGGCUGCUUGGUUGUUUAUUGGUGUUCGUUAGCACUCUUUGCUGGUCUUUUUCGCUCAUUGUUCAGGUUCCAAUCUCUGCCUAUUACCCAGACCACCUCUCUUUAUCAGCGUGGCUGUGUUUAUUCAGCACGAUACAAUGUGCAAUCAUCACUUUCUUUCUCGAGAAAGACCCAAACGCUUGGAUUCUCCAUUCUUACUCCGAGUUAGCGACGUGUCUCUACGCUGGAGUUGUGACGUCAGCGCUUUCUACUACGGUCCAAGCUUGGGUAAUAUCUCAAAGAGGCCCUUUGUUCUCAGCAAUGUUUAGCCCUCUCGCUACAGUCAUUGUCACAAUCUUGGCUUCUAUGUUCCUUAAAGAAGAGAUGUACACCGGAGGUUUAAUCGGAGGAUUAUUUGUGAUCAUGGGACUUUACAUGGUGCUCUGGGGUAAAGCAAAAGAUGUUGAUGUCAUGAUAAUUCAAGAACAGAUAGACAAUACUAAGAACUCAGAAGUGAAGAUUCAAAUCGAGGAUUCUUCAGACACUGAAAAGUGUAACAAAGAUCUGAAGAAACCCCUUCUAUCCUAACACAAAUCAACAGCAGAAAUCCAAACACGACAACAGUUAACGAAUUCAAGAUCUCUUGCUUCUUCUGUUUCUUAAAUUUUGAAAUAUAUUUGUUGUAAUAAACGUAAAUGUAGUUAUGAAUAAAUAAUCUAAUUCUAGCUUCAAUAAUAACAAACUUUAGUGUGGUCCAUCUCGUCCUAACGAUAAGCAUUGGACUAACUCGUGAGCACUAUCCCAAGACCACUUGUAGAAGAGCUGUCAUGUUAAGAAGAUCAGAUCUCUUGUACUAAGAUCUAAGUUUAAUUUAGCCUUGGAAAAAAUAUAAUGAGUAAAAUGGUGCCAGCUGAUAGAAACGUUAGAAUAUGCCAUAAUAAUAAUGGUGCCAACUUAGAACAUCCUGCGUUGAAAAAUAGGGACGCAGUUUAUCAGUCUCGAUCCUUUGUGUUAUUUAAUUUGAUCUUGUUUGUUGAGUUGCUAUAGUUUUUUGCAUAUAUAAUAGACUCUCCAUUUAAAUUAUUUAUUGCUAUUUAGUUAAAAGUGUUAUAAAAUAAAUUAGUAGGUCUUGUAACUUUUAUUCUUUAUCUACUUGCCUAUAAUUAUAUUAAUUAAAAUAAUAAUAUUAUAUAAUUUGAUAGUUAAUAAAAAUUAGAUUGUGUGACAAAAAAAAAUUAGAUUAAAUAUUUUACUGUUUUGGUUUAUGGGAUUUUUUAAACAUCUAAUUUGAAACAUAGGGAAUAGUUUUUAUCAUUGAGAAACAUCUAAACUUGUCAUCAAAUAUAUGUUUGAAAUUUGAUGAUAUUGCAUAUUGUUAAGAAGCAGACUAAAUAUAGAGAAGUCGUUGGUAAUACACGUAAUCAUUAUAUAAGUUUUGAAUUUGUAUUUCCUAAACAUAAUCUUAUUGCAAUUAAACAAUGUAUUUGACUUUAAGAUCAGGUAGAAAUUCAAAAUCCUCUACACCAAAUUAGAUUAGUAACUUUACACAUUUUUGUUUCAAGUUAAUUAGGAGAAACACAAAUUCAGAGCUAUAUAAGGUAAUAGGUAAAACUGAAUUCAUAUUAAUGUCGUUCUUCAGUUAAUUCACCAAAUUUAACAAGUCGAGGUUGGGAAGAAUAAUACUUCAUUUGAUCUUCUAAAUAAUCGAACGGACGGCCAUAUAUCUGCGACGAUAACAAUUGUAUUUAAAUGUAAUCUUAGUUCAUAUUUAGAUUCGUAGAAGCAGAUAUUAUUCUUAGACAGUACUAAAUAAGUGCCUGCAUUUUGCACGACUUUAACAGUUGAUCAAACAAAAAUAUAAUUCACAAAAAGAUAGUGAUAACUCAUGGACUCCUUCGUCGACGAUAAUGGAUAUAUAAAAUAUGUCAUCGUUUCUAACAAGAGGAUAAAGAAUGAAACUGGCAAAAAACAUAUUAGUUUCUAAAAUAUACUACUGUUCACAACAUAAACAUAUAA